AUGGGUCGCAAAUUUAAAUCGAAGCCUUCGGGAAGAAGGGCGCAAAAUGCUUUGGAAAUCGCCCAACGGGAAAUAGACAGCUCUGGUGAUCAGGAACACGGCUUUUCGCAAGAUCUUCGUCGCAACGGGACUGUCGUAAACCCUCAUAGAAAGAGCUCUGACGACGAAGAAGAAGAAUUUCAAGACGAUGAAAUUGAUUCGGAUGAGGCUCUGGGCUCUGGAGAUGAACUGGACGUUUUGAAUUCAAAAUUUUCCCAAACCCUCAGAGACCGAAAGAAGCUAGGGAAAAGUCAUUCAGACAGCGAAGACGAGGGCUACACAUCGAUUGACGAAGAUGAAUUGAUGCCUUUGUCAGCUGUUUGGGAUCUUGACACCAAAGACAAAGAUGGCGCUCCGCAUGAUUCGCUAAAGUUGGAUGACAACGACCAUGAAGACGACAUGGGAGUCGACGCUUCUAGCGAAGAGGCUAGCGAGAGUGAGGACGAAGAAGAGGAUGAAGAAGAUGAAGAAGAUCCUUUUGAUGAAGUUUCCGAUGAUGACGAAGACGUCGAGCUCAGCAACGUCACCGCUAAGCUACGCAAGGAUACCGAAAAAGCCCAAUACCGCAAGCUCAACAAUGCGGCCGUGGGCGAAGAAAAUGAGUUUGCUCUUCCUUCAGCUGGAAGCACCGGUCAAAAGCUGAACUUAGCGGACAUGGUGGCUGCUAUCGACGACAAAGAAGCAGUUGACAAAGCGGGAUUGAUCAAAAGUAAAACACAAACACUCAAUGUACCCCUACCUCAGCGAAUUCAACAAAGACACGAUCGCCGCGCCGCUUAUGAGAUAUCGAAAGAUGAGGUAAACAAAUGGAGAGAUGUUGUUCAACAAAAUAGGCAAGCCGAACACCUUUCGUUUCCUCUGAACCCCCAGGUACAACACAAUGAAGGAUCAAUGUUCACUCCAUCUGAAAAGGCGGUAGGUACGGAGCUUGAAAAGAAAGUUGAGUCUCUACUCGAAAGUAGUAAUUUGGGAAACGUACAAAAGGAAUCAACAUUUGAAGAAAUCGCUACGGCUAAGAUGUCCCCUGAUGAGAUGCGCAAAAGGACGGCAGAGCUUCGACUCAUGCGUGAACUCAUGUUCCGAGAAGAAAGAAAGGCGAAGAGGAUUAAGAAAAUUAAGUCGAAGGCCUACCGCCGCAUAAAGAAGAAGGAGAUGCUAAAAAACAAAGAAUUGCUCGAAGAGUCGGAAGAUGAGAACACCGAGGAUCAUGAUGCCGCAAGAGCUCGUGAACGCAUGUCAUUGAAGCAUAAGACCAGUUCGAAAUGGGCUAAGGACAUGGUUAAACACGGUAUGACCAAAGACAAGCAGACUAGAGAAGAAAUGGAAGAAAUGUUAAGACAAGGAGAGCGUUUACGUGCGAAAAUUGUGGGCCAUCAGUCCGGAAGUGAGAGUGAUAGUGCCGUUAGCGACAUUGAAGAUGACUCUAAAUUCCAACCCAAUGAGGAUGAGUCACAAAUGCGUGACAAACUAGGUAAGACUGGAAUUUUGAAUAUGGCUUUUAUGAAAAACGCUGAAUCACGGCGUGCAGAAGAAAACAAGCAGGCCAUAGCUCAUUUGAGGGCAUUAGAACCAGGUGAGGAUCUUUCUUUGAAUGACACUGAAACUAAUGGUGUGAACGUCACUUUGAAUGCUGGAAGAAGAAUAUACGCACCUGGAGUCGAGGACAAUAAGUCAGAAGUGAAAGAUUCGGAUGAAAAUAUGAAGCAAGAGUUGGAGGAGGACAACGCCAAUUCCUUAUCCGAGAGAAUGAAAAAAGGUAAGCGCACGAGUAAACUGAAGAAAAAGAAGGAUCAAACGGACUCUGGUAAAAAACCAAGUGACUCCGAUGAUCUUGAGGAAAGCAAUCCUUGGCUCGAUAACAGCGACGAUGAGCAGCGGACGAAAAAGUCAACUAAAGUCAAAGUUGUAGAUGAGAAUAGCUCCAAACUUACGAAGAGUGCCAACAAAAUUGCUAAAGAGAGAGCCAAACAAGACAGUAAAACUUUGGGGAAAGCUGCCAGUGUUGGCGAUCCUUUGUUGGACGUCGAUACCGCUAACAAAAUGCAGCUUGUUGACCCAUACUCCCAAGGGGAUGAAGACAUUGACGGUUUUAUGUUCAAGCAACAAGAUGUCAUAGCAGAAGCAUUUGCUGGUGACGAUGUGGAGGACAAGUUUACACAAGAGAAAAAGCGCGUUGCCAUUGAUGAGGAUGACAAAGUUGAAGAUGUCACACUUCCAGGGUGGGGUGACUGGGCAGGUGCCGGUGCUGCUCCAACGAAGAAGCGGAAAUUCAAGAAGGUCAAGGGUACUGUCGAAAAAGACAAACGUAGAGACAAAAAUUUGAAAAAUGUGAUUAUCAAUGAGAAGGUUAACAAGAAAAAUCUCAAAUAUCAGUCUUCAGCAGUACCCUUUCCUUUCGAAAACAAGGAACAGUACGAGAGAUCACUACGAAUGCCACUGGGCCAGGAGUGGACUUCUCGCUCUUCUCAUCAACGUAUGAUCAAGCCAAGAAUAUUGACCAAGCCAGGAACUGUAAUAGACCCUCUCAAAGCGCCAUUCAGGUGA